GGAGCUGAGCGCGAGGCGCAGGAAGCCGCGGCGAGCACGGGCGAGGCUGCGACGGCGAGGACCGAGGAGCUCUAGCGAGCGCGGCGCGGGACGCCGCUUCGCCGCUUGAAGCUGGUGCAUCCCCCAGCCGCCACGUGGGCGUAGCCGGCCGAACCAUGGCCAUACAUCCUGGCGCCAAGCUUACCGCGCGCGCGCAAACCACACAUCCCACCACACGACUCCCGCGAGCGAGCGGAGCGAAGCGUCUCGCUCACCCAUGAUGCUUCUCCUCGCUCCCGCCCCGCCGGCGACGACCGCCGGCCGGCGAACCGCCCCACGGAUCCCCGUCCGCUGCUCGAGCGUGCACGAGCUGGAGCGGUCCCCUCCGCCUCUCCCGGGCGCGUCGCUCCCGCCGCUGCGGGCGGCGAAGCGGGUGGUGCUGGUGCGGCACGGGCAGAGCACGUGGAACGCGGAGGGCCGCAUCCAGGGGAGCUCCGACGUCUCCGUGCUCACGCCCAAGGGGGAGUCCCAGGCCGAGACCUCCCGCCAGAUGCUCCUGUCCGACUCCUUCGACGCCUGCUUCACCAGCCCGCUCGCGCGCUCCCGCCGCACCGCCGAGAUCAUCUGGGAAGGGCGCGACGACGACCUCAUCCCGGACUCCGACCUCCGCGAGAUCGACCUCUACUCAUUCCAGGGACUGCUGAAGCAUGAAGGGAAGGAGAGGUACGGGGUUGUGUACCGGCAGUGGCAGAAGAAUGCGGCCAACUUCAGCAUCGAUGGGCACUACCCGGUGCGGGAGCUGUGGCACCGCGCACAGAGCUGUUGGGAGAGGAUUUUAGCACACGAGGGCAAGUCAGUGCUUGUGGUUGCACACAAUGCAGUGAACCAGGCUCUCGUUGCCACUUCUUUGGGACUUGGUGCGGAGUACUUUCGGGUUCUACUCCAGAGCAAUUGUGGCGCUAGUGUGCUGGAUUUCACCCCAAAGACUGGCGAAGGUCCUCCAAAUGUUUGUCUUAACCGCUUAAAUCAGACCCCAAAUUCUCCUGUUGCUGCUGGAAGUUCUGGUGGAAGAAAGACUAGCAAGAGGAUCAUUUUGGCCUGUCAAGGAACUACACAGAGCAGUUCUGAGAUUAGUCUAGGUGGAAUGGGAUAUGCACCACUGAACAUGCUUGGCACUAUACAGUCUCAGAAGACUGCAGAACUACUUCUAGAUCUGAAGGUGAACAGUAUUAUCUAUAGCCCACAAGUUGCAUCUGUUGAUACUGCAACUGCUAUAUGCGAGGUCCAAGAGGCGGCGGAUUGCUUAGGUGCUGAUUGUGUGCCUCGUUAUGUGGAAAUGAAGAACUUGCUAGAACUUGAAAUUGAUGAUGCCUUUCAAGCAAAGCAAAAGAGCUUUGGGCAAUCAGGCUGGAUGGGCAGCAUGGAAUACAAACCACUAGAGCGACUGUGGGCUCAAUCCAAGGAUGCGUGGCAAGCCUUGCUAAAUGAAUUGCCGGAUGAUAGUGAGUCGGAUCGAGUUGUUGUGGCCGUAGGCCAUCCAGCCAUUCACCUUGCUCUGAUCUGUCGAUGCCUCGAUUUGCCAAUGGAGUACAUGCCAUCUUUCCAUCUAGACGAUGGAAGCAUCAGUGUGAUCGAUUUUCCGGAUGGACCUAAAGGAAGAGGCGAGCCGGUGACCGUGCGCCAGCCGCUCUACUUUGACUACACGGAGGCGCAGCCGAGCGCCGCGAUGGCCCUCGGUGGAGCGCGGGGCUUGGCGCUGCCGGCCGGGCACUCCGUGAGGGUGUCGAUGGCGCUGCUGCUCCCCGAUUCCUACCACAAUCGAGAGGUUGGCAUGUUCCAGGUAUACAACUGCAUCAUUUAUUACUCGAUUCCCAAUCCAAAUUUCUUGGACUUAAUAAUUCUUAUGAUGAUUUGCUACUCAUGGUAAGCUUAUCGUCUGCAGAUUAAAACAGAGGCAAUCUCUGUCAGUGGAAUCACCAUGGCAUCAGCUGCACAGCCAUAUAUGCUGAGGUACAAGAGCACCCCUGUCCGGCUAGCGCAAUCUGCGCUGAUGUGUGUGCCACUCACGCUGGGCGUGCGGAGCGAGACCCAGACUGCAAAUCUCAAGGUGUUGCAGUAUAGGGAAGGUCAUGGCCGUCACAAGAGAACAGGGCUCAUCAGAGUUCUGCUGCAGCCAAGAGCUGCUAUUGUGCAGCUGCCUCAGGUGUACAAAGCAGAGGUUGUUGUGCAGACAACUCCCCCGUGGACAAAGAGCUUGGCGCACGGCUUGAAAUGGACAUUAUGUGUGUGGGUGUCUUUCUCUGUCUACAUUGUUCUUGUUGUUCUUGCCAUUUGUUGGGUCCGGCCCCUUGCGGCAUCCGCAAGAAAUAGAAGGUUAUCUGAACUUCAGGCCAAUGGAAUGAUGGCUUCUCAUCUGGGUACAGUAGACAUUGGUGAGAGCCCAAGCCAGGAGUUAUCUGAAGAUUUUGCAGUGAAGAGGAGAGAGAGGAGAAGCAAGCGGAAAUCACAAUUUCGGAUGCAAUUACAUGGAGGCAGCAUGGACCUCGAGUUCACUGAGGGUUUGACUUCUAGUGCUGCAGUGAUGGAGACUGAUCAGGCCAUGACCCAUGAAUGAUCCUUGUGAAUCCAAUUGCACCCAAUCCUCAGGAUGAUAUCAACUAAU